AAGCACGGAUCCUCGGAACCUUCACUGUCUGUGCUUGCGUUCCUGAUUACUGAUUUGAUCUCACCUAUUCAUCCACUCAUGUGGUGCUAAUAUUAUAUUUAUCAUCUCUCUCCCUUCCCUUCCAAAUUUUAGCCCACCCCACCGUUUCUCUUCUUAUUUUUUCUCCUUACCUUCUCUCUCCUCUCCCUGUAGGAGCAGAUUAUAACUGGCUUGAUCUGAACAUAGAGAGAGAUAAUACUCGAUGAAGAUCCAGUGUGACGUUUGUAGCAAAGAAGAGGCCUCGGUGUUUUGCACCGCUGACGAGGCAGCCCUUUGUGACACUUGUGACCACCGUGUCCAUCAUGCCAACAAGCUUGCUUCAAAGCAUCAGCGUUUUUCCCUUCUCCAUCCUUCCUCAAAAAACUUCCCCAUCUGUGAUAUCUGCCAGGACAAACGGGCUUUCUUGUUCUGUCAACAAGACAGGGCGAUUUUAUGCAGAGAUUGUGACGGUCCAAUACACACAGCAAACGAGCAUACCCAGAAGCAUAAUAGGUUUCUUCUCACAGGAGUCAAGCUCUCUGCUACAUCUGCUGUUUAUAUGUCUUCCUCUUCCUCCGUUACCAGUAGUGGCGAUCUUGUUCCUGACUCCAAGUCUCAAAAACAGCAGCAGCAACAAUUAAUCAAGAAACCUGUGUCUGUUGCUCCAGUGAAUUCCAAUCCACCUGCAGUUCCCAGUACCUUGUCAGCAAACACAGUAAUAAACAAGGACGGGGAUAAUUUGGUAACAAGUGAAGGGUUUGGUUCGACAACAAGUAGUACUAUAUCAGAGUACUUGAUGGAGACUCUUCCUGGCUGGCAUGUUGAAGAAUUUCUUGAUUCCUCUUCCACCACUCCAUUUGGUUUCAGUAAGAUUGAUGAUGGUCUCUUGCCGUAUAUGGACACUCAUGAUCUUGAACGCAAUAUGAGUUCUUUCUCGUCAGAAAGUUUGGGGCUUUGGGUCCCCCAAGCACCAACUCCUCCUCUAUGCACAUCUCAACAAUAUUACUAUCCACAAUUGGUAGGGCAGAGUGGAUUCAAGGAGACAAAAGAGAGCACAAACAUGAAAGCUAACAGAAGGUUAACAGAUGAUGCCUUCACUGUUCCACAGAUAAGCCCUCCAUCAAAUAUUGGCUCCAAGAGAUCUAGGCCCUUGUGGUAGGGCCAAAUUUUCAUAAUCUCUUUUAAUUACCAAGAUCAAGGCCUUAUGCUUUGUAGUUUUGAUCGCAUGGCUUCCAGUCAAGUUUCUUUUUAGUGUUUGGGUAUGAGUUAGUCUUCUUGUAUAUCACCAGCUUCUCUCUGCGUUGUCUAUUCCAAACUGAUUUAUGGGUUUUGUUUGUCCUUUGUACUUGACAAGGUACAGCCAUCUUCUGCAAAUGUGAAUGAGAUUUUUAGAUCUUUUUUCUUUAGAAUGAAAAAUGACUGAGAGGGUGUUUUACA